AUGAGACGUUGUUACAGCAUUUUGAGCACCCUUUAUGGCAUAUUGGCUGCCACAAUCCUUUUGAUGCCCGACCGAACCCUCGGAAGGAGAUUGGCCACCAAAGUUGGUUGUGCGGCAGGCUUUGGUCUCGCCACAGGGAUAUCAAUCCUUCUGAAAAAGGCAAACGAUAUAGAUCACCUUCAUGGAGCAUCCUUCAAACAGUUGAAUUUGGGUCUCCUUGGAUUCUCCUUGUUGGGGCUUUUUGCCGUUCCCGGGGAGGCGGCAUUUUUGCCAACAGCAGGACCCGCCAUUCUAUUGUCCGCCACCAUGAAUGCCGCAAGGCUUUUCGGUGUAGCUGUGGCGUACCGUGGCUGGAGCAGAGGGGUAUCCUCACGAGAGGAAGAAGCUCAAUGGUUGUCACCUCUCAAAGCCACCAAAGAACUAUUGCAAGGUAUCCAAUCCACUUUGCGGGGAAUGAGAGUUCCCAAUGAAACCAAGAAGAGAUCUCUUUCCUACCGAAAUUGUCUGCUGCUGGUGCUGACGUGCAUGAUGUCUUGCUUUAUGGAAGGAGUGUUCUACAUUCGAUACCGAGGAUCAGCCAUCGGAAGGUCAUUGUUUGAAAUCAGUUUGCAGUGGUCCAGUGUGGCUCGCCUGUUUCUGGUGUCCUCCAUGAUCUACUCCUUGAAGGACAUGGCUGAUCGCGAACGCAUGAGCAAAGGCACCAUGUUUAUCAAACUUAAUCUCAUGAUUGGAGCCUGGGCAAUUCUAGUUGGCAUUGGUCAAAACAUGACACCAGCCGCUCGUUUAGCUCCAAACAUCAAGAUAGAAAUGCUGGCAUUGUCUUUGCUCUUUUUCCUCAAGGGUUUCAAGGCAUGGUAUCUGAAGACUGAUCUCAAGGUUGUGAAUGCUCCUGCUUUAGACCUGCCACAGCAAGGACUAGAGAACGGCGAUGAUGAGGAGUAG